AUGGAACAUAGAAGUUCCUUUCUUCUGUCAUUUCUUCUCCUCCUUCUGUUACUAAACUCAGCUUCUGCUCAGCUUAAGCAGAAUUUCUACCAAAACAUAUGCCCCAAUGUUGAAAAUUAUGUUCGCAAUGCAGUUGAAAAGAAGUUCAAUGAAACCUUUGUGACAGCCCCUGGCACUCUCAGACUCUUCUUCCAUGAUUGUUUUGUUAGGGGGUGUGAUGCUUCUGUUCUUCUUGCAUCGUCGAGUAACAAUGCGGAAAAGGAUAGCCCCAUCGGUCAAACACUCGCCGGAGAUGGUUUCGAUACAGUGAUCAAAGCUAAGGCUGCGGUUGAUAAUGAUCCCAACUGCAAGAACAAGGUCUCCUGCGCUGAUAUAUUGGCCUUGGCUGCUAGAGAUGUGAUAGUUCUGACGGGUGGACCAUCAUACACAGUUGAAUUGGGAAGACUAGAUGGAACAAUUUCCACCAAGAGCAGUGUUCACAGCAGUAUUCCUUUACCUACUUUCAGCUUAGAUAAGCUCACUUCCAUGUUCUCUGCAACUGGUCUAUCACAGACAGAUUUGGUAGCAUUAUCAGGAGCACACACAAUUGGGUUCUCUCACUGUGCCAGGUUCACUAAACGGCUUUAUGGUUUCAGCCGUAGGAGCUCAGUCGAUCCAUCUCUAAAUUCUAAUUAUGCUAAGCAGCUCCAACAGGCAUGUCCAAAAAAUGUAGACCCAAGAGUUGCUGUUAACAUGGACCCUAACACACCUCGAAUUUUCGAUAAUAAUUACUACAAGAAUCUUCAGCAAGGGAUGGGGUUAUUCACCUCUGAUCAAGUCUUGUUCACAGAUACUAGAACAACAAAACUUGUGAAUCUCUUCGCGUCGAAUAGUACAGCUUUCGAACAAGCUUUCAUUACUGCCAUUACUAAUCUUGGAAGGGUUCGGGUGAAGGUAGGAUCACAAGGUGAAAUUCGGCAUGAUUGCACUGCUGUGAACUAGAGGAGAGGCUAUAUGUCAUUUCAUAGGAGGGAAGGGAUAGACACAGGAAGAUGCUAGAGUUUGUUAUCUGGCCUGGCAGCAUUCUUUCUACCUAAUAUUUUCUCUUAAAUUAAUUUUUUUGGGGAGAAUUUCUUUCACAGUAGGUGUAAUUGUAUAUUUGAUUCUUUGGCGGCCAGCUUCUAAAGUUUUAUUAAUAAGGUACAGUACUGAGUUAUUGCUGUAAUAAAAUUUUAUUAAUUAUA